AUGAUUGAUGGUGGGGACUUCGAUGGAGCUAAAGCAUACAAGGACAGCAAGGUCUGCAACAUGCUCACCAUGCAAGAGUUCCACCGACGUUACCACGAGGAUACGGGGAUCAUUUUGCAUCCCUUUACCCAGAAGUACAUCACCAAGGGCUUUGUCUCUGAAGAUGAAGCUGGAAAGAGACUUGCACAGGUUGUGACUGAUCCAAGCUUGACAAAAUCGGGGGUCUACUGGAGCUGGAACAAGGACUCGGCAUCAUUUGAGAACCAAUUGUCUCAAGAAGCUAGUGAUGCAGAGAAGGCCAGGAAGGUGUGGGAAGUCAGUGAGAAACUUGUUGGUUUGGCAUAA